AUGAAGCCCUUCAUUGAGGAACCUGCCAUCAACGACGAUGUUCAGCCAAAGAAGCGGAGUCUACCAUGGGUGGCAAUCAUCCUCUUCAUCCUUGCAGUUACCGCCUUUGUAAUACAGGCUAUUGUCAGACUUCAAUCACCAACAAUCCUGCUAGCCAUUGCCGCUGUUCACCUUAUACUGGUUAGACCGCGGACCGCCUCGAUAUUUCUGCUCGUGCUCUACACGACUCUGUUUGUCCUGCAAGUGUCGCUGCUCGCUGAUCGAUGGACUUUCCAUGAGUUCAAUCUGGUUGUUGCGCUUUAUGUUAGCAACAUCUGUAUCUCACUUAUCAGCAUAGCCGUUGUUGUCAAUUUGCCACUUCGAGAUGCUUCUCUAUUGCGCGAUGGUAUCAGCCAGCCAUUCACUACGCCAACGUCAAGUUUGAGAUCUCCUGAAGACGACUUGACCCUCUGGCAAUGGAUGACUGUAUCAUGGAUGUCUUCGCUCAUGUCCAUCGGCAAGACCAGACAACUAAACGAGGACGAUGUCUGGUUUCUUGGUUACGAGUUCCAGCAUCGCCAUCUACAUGAUGCUUUCCGCGAACUCCAUGGGACCGUUGUCAGACGCUUGCUUCGCGCAAACUGGCAUGACUUGGCCAUACUCACGGCAUUAGCAAUCCUGGAACUGGCGGCCAACUACUCUGCACCAAUACUAUUGCAGCAGCUCCUCAAGGCCAUGGGCAACUUGAGAUACGAGACACAGCCGGCAAUCACGUUUGCACUGCUCAUUCUCGUCGUUAGGCUGGUCGCUGCGCAGAGUUCAGUGUUCAGUUUAUGGUUUGGUAGACGUGCCUACGAACGGUCCAGGGGAGAAAUGAUUACAAUGCUGUUCGAAAAGACGCUCAACAGAAAGAUUGUCGCGACCGUAAGAGACGAUGAGCCAAAGGAGAACGGCGAAGAGGGGAACGCGGAGAACAAUCUUGACAAUUCACCUAACGGAAUUGGGGCAAGUGAGACGCAAGGACUCUUGAAUGGCCACGACAGCAAGUCAGAGGAGAAACGGUCGUUCUUGUCCAAAGUCCUCAAGCCUUUCAGACGUAGCAAGAAAGCGAGGCCUAUGACGGAAGACAACGCUCCUGCCUCAAUGGGCAAGAUCCUCAACUUGAUGCGUGGUGAUGUAUAUGAGGUAAGUCAGAGAUUCGUCAACAUUCUGGGUAGUGGACUGCUACCAGUCGCCGCAUUCUAUGGAUUCACAGCUCUGGCCGGUCAUGAAUUGCGCAUUGACAUUGCUUUCCCAGCUCUGCAAUUGUUCAACAUGUUGCAAAGCGAUCUGAAGGAGAUCCCAGAUCUGAUUACGGUUCUCCUCAAUGCAUCGGUCGCCGUUGGCCGUAUUGAGGCCUUCAUGCAGGAACCGAACAAGACUGCGGACGACAGUUCGGCCUCCAUAUCUGACGGCGUUGUCGAGCUCAAGAAUGCUACAUUUGCAUGGCCAGGUCUUUCGAAAGAAGUUCUCCGCGAUCUUACAAUCUCAUUCCCACCAGGCCUCAACGUUGUUUUCGGUCAGGUCGCAGCUGGAAAGAGCGCACUGCUGCAGGCAUUGCUUGGAGAGCUGGAUCUACACCAUGGUGAGCUGAUCAAACCAGAUGCUCCUAUCGGCUACUGUGCUCAAACUCCAUGGCUUCAAAGUAUGAGCAUUCGUGACAACAUCUUGUUCUCAGCUCCUUACGACGACACAAGGUACAAGCAGACUCUCGAAGUAUGUGCUCUUACUGCAGAUCUCGCCAACUUUAAGCAUGGAGAUCUGUCAAAUAUUGGAGAGAAUGGUAUUGGUUUGUCUGGCGGGCAAAAGGCUAGAGUUGCUCUGGCUCGCGCAGUCUACAGCCGAGCUAAAAUCCUUCUACUCGAUGACCCGUUGAGUGCACUUGACCAGCAGACUGCGGAACAAAUCGUCGCCAAGUGUUUCGGAGGGGAGCUGGUUCGGGGCCGCACGGUCGUGUUGGUCACUCAUCGAACGGAUCUGUGCAAGGGCAUGGCCGAACAGCUCAUCGAGAUCACAGACGGCACUGCAGAGACUUUAAAUGGCGAUUCGCUACACUUGAGCCCGACCAACUCUCGGACAGCUCAAGGUCUCUUGGAUGCCAAGAUGGUCAAGGUUGAUGAGGCACAAGAAUCUGCCGCAGUGCCUGACAAAUUUGAGGAAGAAGAACAUCGAGAGCAUGGUGGAGUCAAGGCAGGUGUAUACUGGCAAUACAUCAAAGCUGGGCGUUUGCGAUGGUGGUUCUUUGUCGUUCUUUCUGCUAUCAUCUUUCGAUUGCUCAUGGUAGCCGAGUCGUGGCUUCUCAAGGUAAUGUUGAUGGCUCCAUUGACCGGUAAUGAUAUACUGACAUCUUCGAACAGGNAAUGGGGUGAGGCUUAUGGAGAAACCGAGCAAGUCUACAGCUUGCAAGUCGUUCACGCCGCACCUCAUAUCACAUCUUCGAGCCCAGUCUCUCGCUUCUUCGCUCGCUUCCCUGAUCCGGGCGUCAAUGUUUAUCCUUGGUUGAUUGCGUUCUUUGUCUUGAUUAUUGCUGAGUGUCUUGGCUUUAUGAUUUCGCAGAUUUUUAUGCUUGUCAUUACAUACACUGCUGACAUCAUGACGAAGGUCAGCCACACUACGUUCCACUAUUACGACGUGGUACCGAUAGGGCGUCUGAUGAACAGACUCACAUCUGACGUGGCUACGGUCGAUGGAAACAUCUCGAGCCAGUUCUUGGUUGUCGCCUGGCAGGCGAUUGCAUGGGUGACAUCAAUAGCUGUGAUCGCAGGAGUCACACCACUGUUCCUUAUCUUCUCUUUCGCACUGACCCUAGUAUUCGUCUUCAUCUUCAUGCAGUUCCUACCUACCAGCCAAAGCUUGAGACGACUCGAGAUGGUAUCUCUGAGCCCGCUCAUGUCGAAUUUUGGCGCUUUGUUGAAUGGUCUAACAACUGUUCGAGCGUUCUGCGCUCAGUCCCAGUUCCAGGAUCGUGUGAUUGCUGUCACAGAUGCUUUCCAAGGAAUGGACCACUUCUAUUGGUUUGACAUCUUAUCGGCAUUCUCAACCUUCAUCAUGACUCUGCUGGCUAUCAACUCUGGAUUGUCACCAGGACUGACUGCAUUUGUUCUAGCAUCUGCCAGCAGGUUCGUGGUAGCAACUCAUGCUUUGUGCAAACAAUACGGCCAACUCCAAUUGAACUUUGUUUCAGUGGAGCGUGUGGUCGAGCUGCUGCACCUUGAGCAAGAAUCUGCUGGCGAGAUUGAGCCUCCCGCGUACUGGCCAUCAUACGACGACGACAUCGUCUUCGAGGACGUAACCAUAAGAUAUGCUCCACACCUUGACCCCGCGUUGUCGAACGUAUCCUUUACGCUGAAGGGAGGUUCCAACACAGCAGUCAUCGGCCGCACGGGCUCAGGAAAAAGCACACUCGCACUUUCGCUUCUCGCAACCAUGACACCAGAAUUGGGACGCAUUCUCAUCGGUGGUAUCGACAUUGCCAAAGUCAACAAGCAAGCGCUGCGCAACCGCAUCACUUUCCUCGCUCAAGAUCCUGUCUUGUUCCCUGGCUCGCUGCGUCAUAACCUCGACCCUACGAAUCAGCAUACAGAUGAGGAAUGCGAGACUGUCAUUGCCCGUGUCUGUGGCACCUACAGUUGGACUCUGGACACGCAAAUCGACACUGGCGGCAAGAACUUGUCCCAAGGCCAGCGACAACUAGUCGGAUUAGCGCGCGCAGUACUCCGAAGAAGUGCCAUUGUCAUCAUGGAUGAAGCUACUGCUAGUAUCGACAAGACCACUGCUUGGGAGAUUCAGAGGGUGUUGAGGGAGGAGAUGCAGCAGAGUACUGUGGUCACCAUUGCGCAUCGACCUUCUGCUGUCAGAGGCGCAAACUUUUGUCUCGCGUUGGGGAAUGGUAGGGUCAUUGAUCAAGGCACGCCUGAGGAGGUCGACGUGGCGAGUAGUACUGUGCCUGAUGCUAUUUGGAAAUAA